UCGACUAUUAUACGUAAAUAUUUCCACGUUGUAGUGGUGGCCGUGUUUAUACCAGGGCUGGUAGUGGAUGUAGAGUUUUUAUAUUUGUCAUCUGUUAUAGCUCUAGCUUUCUUUAUUAUACUAGAGGUUAGCUCCCUUGUUUCAUUAUUAUGCCUUGGUUGUGUGAUUGACCAGUCUUUUUCUAUGUUUAUUGAUGACCGAGACCAAGGUGUAGUGAUUUUAACUCAUCUCUAUCUACUGAUUGGUCUAUCACUGCCAUUAUGGUUGACUAAAUCUUUAUAUAAAGGUAUGAAGCAUUUCAAUUUCGAAAUGACUACCAGUAUUAGUUUAUACAGUGGAGUCUUGUCACUGGGUAUAGGUGACACAGUAGCCUCUAUCAUUGGGUCUUCUAUUGGUCGAAUUCACUGGCCUGGUAGCAAGAAAACAGUAGAAGGAACAACAAGUUCUAUUUUUAGUCAGUGUCUUACUGUUUAUAUACUAUAUAGCUUAGGUAUUAUAGAAACAGUAUAUUGGCAGAAAGUAAUAAUGGCUAUAAUAUUAACAUCGUUAUAUGAGGCCUUUACGUUCCAGAUAGACAAUCUUGUUCUUCCAGUCUUUAUAUUUUUACUGCUG